AUGGGAGCCCUGGGACAGCUGCCCUUGGCUGUGGUCUUCACCUUCCUGCUCAUCUACGCCAUCACUGUGCUUGGGAACCUGGGCAUGGUCCUGCUGAUCCUCCUGGACCCGCGUCUACACAGCCCCAUGUACUUCUUCCUCGGGAACCUGGCGCUGGUGGACUUUGGAUACUCCUCUGCGGUCACUCCCACAGUCAUGGCUGGGCUGCUUACGGGAGAACAGGUCAUUUCCUACAGUGACUGUGCCGCUCAGAUGUACUUUUUUGUUGCCUUCGCCACUGUGGAAAGUUACCUCUUGUCCUCCAUGGCCUAUGACCGCUACGCAGCCGUGUGUAAGCCCCUGCAUUACACCACGACCAUGACCACAGGGGUGUGUGCAUGCUUGGUCAUAGGCUGCUACAUCUGUGGCUUCCUGAAUGCCUCCAUCCAUGUUGCGGACACAUUCAAUCUCGCCUUCUGUUACAGCAAUGUGGUCCAUCAUUUCUUCUGUGAUAUUCCUGCAGUCAUGGUUCUCUCCUGCUCUGAUAGACAUGUGAGUGAGCUGGUUCUUCUGUAUGUUGUGGGGUUUAAUAUCUUUUUUGCUCUCCUUGUUAUAUCGAUAUCCUACCUCUUCAUCUUUGGCACAAUUGUAAAGUUGCACUCAGGUGCAGGAUAUCUGAAGGCUCUCUCCACCUGUACCUCCCACAUCACCGCCGUCUCCAUCUUCUACAGCACUGUCACCUUCAUGUACCUACAGCCCAGCUCCAGCCACUCCAUGGACACAGACAAAAUCUCCUCUGUGUUCUACACCAUGGUCAUCCCCAUGCUGAACCCCGUGGUCUACAGCCUGAGGAACAAGGAGGUCAAGAGCGCAUUCACAAAAAUUAUUUUGAAGGUAAUAUGA